UGCAGCUCCAUGUGUGCACACACACGUACACACACAUACACAAUAUAUGUAUAUAUAGAUCAGACACUUUCCAACAGAAGUGGCGGCUGCGCGGCCUCUUUCCACCCGUAAUUCAGAAAACAGAAGUGCGAUUCCGUGAACGCGGCUAUUUUCUGCUCAGCCGCGUUGCGGUCGCGGCUGCCAAGAAGCGGUCGGGGCGGCCAGGCUCUGAGCGGCUCAGCUCGGCUAGUUCCGAAGUUUGAUUUUCCGGAACGAGGCCUAAAAAGGCGUGGGGCGGGGCGCCGCGCCGGAUCCGCGCCUUAUUCGGGCAGGGCCCACAACCGGAACACGCCGCGGCGCCUCCCACGGGCUUUUCCGAGUUCCGUUGACUGCGCUUGUUGCCCCUUGAUAAAAGCGAUGCGGGCGCCCGGCCGCCCAGCUCAGCCCAGUCCUGCCCAGGACGGGCCGGGCCGGCCCCGCGCAGCCUGCACAGGGGUCCCGCGUGCCUCUCAGUGAUUCCGCCCGGCCCCGUUCCUCAGUCCUUAUAUGGGCAGUGACGUCCCGGGCAUUCAGGGCCGCCCCAUAAAUACUUCCCGCCACGCUUCCCGUGGGCUGCAAUUGAUUACGAGCGCGACGCGGGCCCCCGGCUGUGCCCACAACACCACAGUGCGUCCCGGAGCCGCACAGGGCAGUGCCCGCGGCGGCGGCACGGGCCGCUUCGUAACAAGCCGAUUUGGGUUUUUGUUUUUUUUUCCAGUGGAGGGAAAAGGCAGCCCUCACUCCGGCAUCGUUGGCACCACGGGCAGGGAGAGCUCCUCCGCGCGCGCCUCCUGAGCAAAUGAUGACGGCCAAGACUGUAGACAAAAUCCCUGUAACUCUCAGCGGGUUUGUGCAUCAGCUCUCCGAAAACAUUUACCCUGUGGAUGACCUGGCCGCCACCCUGCCAACCUCGGUCACGAUCUUCCCCAAUGCGGACUUGGGAGGACCGUUCGAGCAGAUGAGCGGGGCGCCGGGAGAUGGCAUGAUCAACGUGGACAUGAGCGAGAAGCGGGCUCUGGACCUGCCCUACGCCAGCAGCUUUGCCCCGACGGUCUCUGCCUCCCGCAAUCAGACUUUCACUUACAUGGGCAAGUUCUCCAUCGACCAGCAGUACCCCGGCGCCGGCUGCUACCCCGAGGGCAUCAUCAACAUCGUGAGCGCUGGCAUCCUGCAGGGGGUCAGCACGCCCUCGUCCUCCUCGUCCUCCGCCGCCUCAUCAGCCUCGCCCAACCCGCUGCCGCCCGGCGGCGCCCUCGGCUGCCCCAUGGCGCAGGGGCAGCCCGCCGACCUGGAGCACCUCUACUCGCCGCCGCCCUAUUCGGCCUGCGGGGAGCUGUACCAGCAGGACCCGUCCGCCUUCCUACCCGCCUCGUCCGCAGCCGCGCUGCCCUUCCCGCCGCCCCCGUCCUACCCGUCCCCGAAGGCGGCGGCGGCGGACGCGGGGCUCUUCACCGUGCUGCCGGACUACGCGGGCUUCUUCCCGCCCGCGCAGUGCCAGCGCGAACUGCACGCGGCGCCCGAGCGCAAGCCCUUCCCCUGCCCGCUCGACUCCCUCCGGGUCCCGCCGCCGCUCACGCCGCUCUCCACCAUCCGCAACUUCACCAUGGGGGCGCCCCAGGGCGGCGCGGCGGGCGCGGGCGGCGGCGGGGAGGGCGCGCGGCUGCCCGCCAGCGCGUACAGCCCGCACCACCUGCCGCUGCGGCCCAUCCUGCGGCCCCGCAAGUACCCGAACCGGCCCAGCAAGACGCCGGUGCACGAGCGGCCCUACCCGUGCCCGGCCGAGGGCUGCGACCGCCGCUUCUCGCGCUCGGACGAGCUGACGCGGCACAUCCGCAUCCACACGGGCCACAAGCCCUUCCAGUGCCGCAUAUGCAUGCGCAACUUCAGCCGCAGCGACCACCUCACCACGCACAUCCGCACGCACACGGGCGAGAAGCCCUUCGCCUGCGACUUCUGCGGCAGGAAGUUCGCGCGCAGCGACGAGAGGAAGCGCCACACCAAGAUCCACCUGCGCCAGAAGGAGAGGAAGGGGGCGGCCGCCUCGGGCCCCGGGCCGGCCUCGGCCCCCGCGCCCCCGCCACACGGCCCGGCCAGCUUGCCCCCCUGCGCCUCCAGGACCCGGACGCCCUGACGGCCCCGCGGGCGGAGCGGGGGCCGGGAGGGAGGCGCUGUGCACUUUAUAGCCCCCGGCCUGCGGAGACCAGCCGGGACGGCUUUGCCCGGGCAGCGCUAUGUGGCGGCGCCCGCUAAGUCCAGCGCAGAUGCUCCCGGCCGUGCCCGCGGGGAGGGCCGGGCCGGGCAGCGGUUGUACAUAGAGGAGGUGCAUGCCUGGUGUCCACAUCCCAGGGGACCACGGGCCCGUGUCCGCAUGUACAUGCGCGGCCCGCACGUCCCUGCUGUUCACACGCGGGUUUUAGACGCUCUAUUUUUGUACCGCCCUCGGGCUCCUCCCCGAAGACACGGACGGGACGUGGCGACUGCCGGCGCGCUCGUCUGCCCUGACCAGCAGCCCGCGGAGGGAGACCGGGCUUGUUCUCCACAGCCUGUAAAUAAACACUUUUCACUCGGAG